UAUAAAUACUUCUGUGAGCGGAAUAAGAAUCAUUAUUCUGAGUUUGUUCUUCAGAUCAUCAUGCCUGAACCAGCCAAAUCCGCCCCGAAGAAGGGAUCCAAGAAGGCCGUCACAAAGACCGCCGGUAAGGGAGGAAAGAAGCGCAGAAAGUCCAGGAAGGAGAGUUAUGCUAUCUACGUGUAUAAAGUCCUGAAACAGGUUCAUCCUGACACCGGGAUCUCUUCCAAGGCGAUGGGAAUCAUGAACUCUUUCGUCAACGACAUCUUCGAGCGCAUCGGCGGUGAAGCGUCUCGUCUCGCUCACUACAACAAGCGCUCCACCAUCACAUCGAGAGAGAUCCAGACCGCCGUGCGUCUGCUGCUGCCCGGUGAACUGGCCAAACACGCCGUGUCUGAGGGCACAAAGGCCGUCACCAAAUACACCAGCUCCAAGUAAAAGAACAUCCUGUUUCUCAACCAACCCAAAGGCUCUUGUAAGAGCCACACAUGUUCUCAGUUAAAGAGUAUUUUGUGUGUGGCGACUAGGAGAUAUCGUCACAAAUUAUUAAUCCGAGGUCUCUCAAUAGUGGUAUAAUUAUUGUUCGAUUAACUUCUUUAGGAGACAGAUUUAAAAAAAAAAAGUUAUAUUACUGAUUAUAAAGUUAGACUUUUUGUGUUUGUAAACUGAAUACUUGAGACAAUUUGCUGCUCCUUUCUGUGUAAAUAUACAAUUUUAUUGAUUUAUUAAAUACAUAUUUUUUUCACCCAAGCAUUAUAUAUUGACCUUAAGACAUGUCUGUUUAUUGCAUUUUAGGGAAACUAAAGACUAUUUUAAGCUUCAUUUAACAAACCAAAAAGCUUUCAAAUGUGUUUGACAUGAUGGCAAGUUAUUUUCUACUACCAAAUUAGCAAAUUAUUAUGAUUACUCAAGAUUAAUGUGUUGGAGUGAUGGCUGCUGGAAAUGGGGCCUGUCUAGAUUUGAUCAAAAAUGUUUUAUUUAUUAUUGUGCUUUUUUUUUUACAUCAGUAAUGUCCUGAUUAUAUUUUUUUUUACUUUAGCAGUCGAGUCAAGCUGCACUUUGCAGUGGAAAAGCCCCAUUAGCGUAAUAUGAGGAAUGGCCAUUUCAGAACAUUUUGGCGCCCUAUGUGAGAUCCCUAUUGGUGCCCCCAUUACCUCCUCUUUAGCGCCCUCCCAGCUGGUGUCUAUUUCUAGAAACGGCCCAUAUAUGUUGUAUGAUCAGCCAGCUAAAGUUGCAAAUUGCCUAAAGACAAUAGGUCACAAGCUUUAGUCUAUUUUCACCUAAUCAAUCAAUUUAUUUCAUUUUUGUCCAAA